AUGUCGCUUCUCCAUUAUCACCCAUUCAAGGGUCUGUACCUCGCCGUCGAGCUCGCAUUCACUCUUUUCGUACGAGUACCCGUGUGGGUUGCCCUCUCGUUGCCCAGGUCAUGGCGCCCGAGACCGUCCUGGAGUAUCAAGCGUGUCUUGCACCUGAAGUUGUUCAAGACUGGGAUCAAAGUCCUGGGCAGGACCGGUCCACUUGUGGACACUCCUUCACAUCUUGCCAUUGCCCCAGGCGUCGACGUGAACGGCGUCUGGGUUGACCCCGUACCCCAUCUCAUCACUUCCCCUCUCACCGAGUGGUCCAGAGCAGCAGGCGUAGACUCCAUCAAGAUCCCGGGAUAUUGGAUUCACAAGCAGGGCGCGACAAUUCCGGUAGGCGCACCCCCCAUGCCGGGAGAGAAAGUCCUGUACUCGAUGCACGGUGGCGCGUACACGCGUCUGUCAGCACACCCCUCAAAUCUCAUCGCCGCCGUCUCAAAGGGGAUUCUGAAACACACCGACUCCAUACACAGGGUCUUCGCCAUCGAAUAUCGGCUUUCUUCUGAGUCAUUCGCGCCGUUCCCCGCAGCACUCCUCGAUGCCUUGGCGGGGUACAAUUAUCUUGUCAAUCAAGUCGGCAUCCACCCCGCUGAUAUCGUGUUCGAAGGUGAUUCUGCGGGGGCUAAUUUGGCACACGCUCUCACGCGGUAUCUCAUCGAGCACCAGAAUGACGCGAAUGCCCAGCUUCCUGCCCCGCCUGGAUCACUGCUGCUCCUCUCGCCGUGGGUUGACUUGUCCAGCUCACACGACAGGAAUCCCGGUACCGAUUCGUCAUUCCGUUUCGCUGAUUCAGACUACCUUGACGUGCGUCCCGGGAAGAAUAACAUUACUUGGUCAAAGGAUGUAUUCAUUGGCCCCCAUGGCUAUGGCGCUGCCGAAACCAACCGAUAUAUCUCGCCCGCCGCGAAGAAUCCUAUGAUCUUCGAUUCUGACAGUCGCAAGGGCACCUCUUUGUUUAAGGGAUUUCCGAGGACAUUUAUUGUCGUUGGUGGUGCUGAAGCGCUGUAUGACCAGAUCAAGACGUUCAUUGAUCGUAUGGUCAGCGAGCUGGGUCAUGGGGACGGGGUGAAAGACGGUGAAGGCAAAGUAGCAUGGUAUGAGGCACCUGACGCUGUGCACGAUUUCUUGAUAUUCGCUUGGCACGAGCCUGAGCGUACUGAUACGCUCAAGGCCAUUGCUGCUUGGAUCGACAAAGCCUAG